CGUUUUCCCGCCCCCUCUCUCGUCACUUCCUUCUAGCCCCUGUGCAGUCGAUAAGGAAACCCGGACGCCGCUGCGGCCUCCUUUUUUUUCAGGCAGCCGGGAAGAUGGCGGACAUUCAGACUGAGCGUGCGUACCAAAAGCAGCCGACCAUCUUUCAAAAUAAGAAGAGGGUCCUGCUUGGAGAAACUGGCAAGGAGAAGCUCCCGCGGUACUACAAGAACAUUGGUCUGGGCUUUAAGACACCGAAGGAGGCCAUCGAGGGCACCUACAUUGACAAGAAAUGCCCUUUUACUGGUAACGUCUCCAUCCGAGGGCGAAUCCUGUCUGGCGUGGUGACCAAAAUGAAGAUGCAGAGGACCAUCGUCAUCCGCCGAGACUACCUCCACUACAUCCGAAAGUACAACCGCUUUGAGAAGCGCCACAAGAACAUGUCUGUGCACCUUUCCCCCUGCUUCAGGGACGUCCAGAUUGGUGACAUCGUCACAGUGGGCGAGUGCCGGCCCCUGAGCAAGACGGUCCGCUUUAAUGUGCUCAAGGUCACCAAGGCUGCCGGCACCAAGAAGCAGUUCCAGAAGUUCUGAGACUGGACCCCUGCCCACUGCGCCCACAUAAAAUAAAAGUUAUUUUCCCAGUCA